AUGGAAAAAGAUGUCGGUCUGUACCUGCCGAAAUUGGUAGUGAUUGCGCUGCGUGGCGGUCGGCUCUGCAUCGUGCAGGACCUCGUUGGGCAAGGCAUCAUCCCCGCCUUCAAAGCUUCCCACAUGCAGCUUGCAGUGAUACCCGGCAACACGCACCUCGUGGCUUUUCUCUUGGCCAACAGCUCUUGCAGCGAGAUGGCAGAGAUGUUCGAGCAAGCGGCGACGCAGAACCAGUUUGAGCUCUUGCAGUGGCUCCACACCACGUCUUGCUCCAAGAUCUAA